AUGAUUGUCCUCCGGACCAACUAUCACUACUACGGUUUAGUCAUUGCGCUGGCCAGACUGAAGAUGCACAUUUGCAGACAAGAUCAGUACAGUCAACAGGAGGAAAGCAAACGCCUACUCAUGGACACAGCUCGUGCGAUUGUGGAGGAAAGCAAGAACAUUGAAAUUGCGGCACACACACCGAUCUACAUUCUGGCCGUCCUUCCACUUGCCGCCUUGUUCAUUCUGUUCGAUUUCAUCGUGCACAACCCGACGCAUCCAGAGACGCGAGAUAACCUGUCAUUGCUGGAUGUCGUAGCUGGUCAUUUCAGUCUACUCGACUACAAAUCAGGUGGCUUUCUGCCUGCGUCAUUGCUCACUGAAUUCGCUCAGAUUGCAAGACAGUACGUCAGGGACUUUGCCUCCACAUCGACUCAAGAGCCGCCGCCGCCGCCGCCACAGCAGCAGCUGCCGCAUCAGCAGCAAGCUGAGGAAUCCCUCGGUGGAGUCGACGUGGCACUUUCCUGGCCCUCGCAGACGGCUACUGAGAACAUGACUGAUCUCAACAGGGAGGAAACCAGUGGCGAUGGAAGUACAGAUUAUCGUCCGAACAUCAUGGAGACCUGGGAACCAAGAGACUAUCUACACUACCCUGUCUCGCCGGAAUUCGGCAUGGCCGAUACAUCUACGAUGGGAGCUCUCAAUUUCCAGAGCUUGUUCGGAUUCGUUGUGCCGGAUUUUCAAUGUGGCGAUGAAGUAUAG